AUGGCCUUUGAUGAAGCCCUUUGGCAGAGCUUGCAGCAAUGCAAAUUUCGCACGGUCAAGGAAGCUCCAAGCGAAAGUUGGUGUUGCCAUGAGUAUAAUGCCACAGGCCUUUGCAAUCGAUCAAGCUGUCCGUUGGCGAACAGCCACUACGCUACGGUGGUGAAGGAUGGUGCUCAUUAUUGCCUCUGUCAAAAGACUCCCACAACGAGCUGGACGACUGUGAAGUUGUGCAAGAGCUUGGCAGCCGCUCCACGGCGCCUGGAUCAGCUCUUGGAAGCCUCCCCGGAAGUGCUGGCGCGAGCACAUGUGCGCCUCCGAUCGCUCCAAAGGGCCCAUGGCAGCGAAGCGCUCGUGGGCGAAGCCGGGGGCCACGAGCCGCUGCGGAAGGUGGCUGUGAACAAGAAGGCGGACAAAAGGGAGAACAAAAGUGAGAGGAAGGCUGAAGAGACAGCAAAGGUUGAGUCUUCUGUUGGGCAGGAGCUCUUACGAAGAUUGCGACAAGGCCUUUAUGCUCCGAAGAUGGCAGCGAGGUGCAAUGAAGAGCUGCCACGCGAGAUUGAGGAGCACGGCCGGUCCACACGGAUCAAGGGCGAUGGAGCUGAAGCGGAAGCAGCGAGAAGUGGAAUACGAGUUGGAGAGCACCAGGCCUCGGCGGUGGCGAAGGCCUCCGCGGACGAGGCGCGGCGGAUUUGCCGGGAGAUCCGGCGGAUCGGAGUGACCUUUGGUGAACUGGUGAAGGAUGAGAUCGUCGAACAGACCUUCGAAGCCUUGAUGGGCACCUUGAAGGCGGCACGAAAGAAAGGCUUCAUUGCCUUCGAGGGGGAACUCCUCUUGCAAGGUCAGCAUGAUGCAGUCGUCAUUUCCAUCACCGAAUCUGGAGCCAAUGCUCCAGAUGACGCUGAUGCAGAUCCUCCACCACGCACCGCAGAAGCCGGCUACACGGCGCCUGCAGCGGAGCCGGCGCCGGCUGCAGCGCCCGUACCCGCGGAGGAGCCUCCCACCACGACCAGUCGGCAGGGCUCAAAGCAGUCAAACAGAAGCGACGAGAAGUUCCAGGUGGACAUGUCGUACAUCAAUCAUCGCACGGGCGAGGUGGACCGGCUGGAAGGCCGUCGAUCAGUGCUGGCUGGAAAGCCCGCCGAGGGUCCGGAUGGGAAGUGGAAGGUGGAUACCUCCUACAUCGGCUACCGCACUGAGAAUCCGGACAACCUGACCCGGAAGGAGGAGAAGGUAGACGAUGCAGUCUAUGCACAUCCGGAGGAUCGGAAAUACCCCCACGAGGAGCUGAAGGUGAGCCGCGGCAAGCCGCCCGCCGCUUGGGCAUCCGAGGUCCGCCCAAGAAAGGAUGUGGAUCCGGCCAAGAGGGAGCUCUACCUCUCGGAGUCCGACUUCAAGUCCAUCUUUGGGAUGACAAUCUGGGACUUUCAGAAGCUUCCAAAGUGGAAGCAACAAAAUGCCAAGAAGGCCAAAGACCUCUUUUGA